AACGUCCUUACUAGCUUUCACGCCGGAAAUUGUACUUGAUAUUUUAGAAAGUAUUGGGGCAAUUGAUUUAAUAGGAUUCUCAGAUACAGGUACAGCUGUCUGGACCUUUUCUACUGGUGCAGGUGUCACUGUUGCGGGCGUGGGGCUUAGUGCAGCAGCAAUAGGCGGAUCAAUAACCGGUUAUUUAAAUUCAGAGUAUGAGGUAAACGGGGAGAUAAAAGACACAGAUUUAAGCUGGGUUAGAAAACUUUUAGAAAGAACAAAUACAUUAGAUUUCUGGUUAAACUCAAAUUUUAAAAAUAACCCUUUAACAGUUAAAAAAACUCUUGGAAGAUGUCAAAAAAGACUUGCAGGAAAAGACCCUUGCAGCAAAGACUGGGUUGGGGUGUAUUGGAGUCAAUCGACAAAGAAGAAAAAAUAUUAAAAAGAAACGUCUGGUUCGGGGGGAAAGACAAAGAAAUCUUAAUAAAAAGAUUAAAACUACCAAAUGCAGACAUAGUCGCCGAAGCAGAGGAAGCAAAAUGUGUAAAAGCAAAUAAAGAUUAUUUUUGGACUUGGGAAUUGUUUGCUACUGACAUAUAUCGCCGACCAACGGCAACUAACGCUAAAAGUCCUUAUUUCUUUUCAUACGCUUUUCACCAUGAUGGUAUAGCUAUUGCCACUUUUAAUAGAGAAGGAAAAGAACCCAAAGUUGAAAGGAUUAAAGAAUCAUUUGACAACUCUAGUCAUCAUUGGGAUAAAAAAUUUCACCCAUUUAUUCAAAAUCAAUGGGUUUAUUCUACAUAUUGCGAAAGCUCAGUUGUAGCUUUACCGCCUGUUACUUGGGCCUCAAACCAAUUUAGAAUUGUAACAGAUGAUGCGGGAAUAGGUAUAUUAUUGACUAAAGGUCUCUUGUAUAUUGGGGUUCAUUUCUAUUCUACUGGUACUGGAGAAAACUACGAGGAUUUCGGAUUCAGAUUAUUCUUUAGACUUAGAAAAAUGCACGCGGAUCAAUCUGAACUUCUUCAAAAAAUAAUUGACACUCAGAUGGGUAGAAUAACACCCCAAACUGAAACACAUUAUGGCGAUCCCGGAACUUCUAUAAUGGACCCAGACGAAAGUACAGAUUUUUGGAACAAUUCGUUCCUUCGUACAGAACAUCCAUUAAAACAAAUCCUCAGUAUAGAGGAUUCAGAACAAAAAAAUAAACGGUUAAGAAACAAUGAUGAAAUUCAAACAGCUAAUAUGACAGAAGAAGUAAUUCCUCCUGCUGAUAGCCAUGGAGUCAACUCAAAGGAAUAGGUUUUUUUCUGCAAUUGAUCUGCUGGGCGAAAUAUCUUACAGAUUAUAUAGAAAAUUAACUGAUGAGAAGACUGAAAUAGGUGAUGCAGUUGAUGGAGAGACUGAUUCUAAGGAUAGGGAGAUGUUUAUGGAUGCUUCAAGAGAUUUUGUAUUACACCUAUAUUUAAAUGAUGAUGAAGUGGAGGAAUAUAACGUGAGGCGCAAACAGUGUUGGGAGUCAGAAGAUCCUGUUAAGUGCAAAAAAAAUUUAGAUGAGGAAUUCAAGAAGAAAGUGUCAGAAAGAAUGAAAUCUCGUACUACUAUCUCUGAAUUAACUUUAGAAAUGUAUAAAGCAACCAUUUCCUCUCUUAUGCAUGUUCUUAAUUGUUUUUCAAAACAUGCUGGUCUCCCGGACAAGCAGUGCAAAAAUGAUUAUAAGCAGAAUUGUACCUGGGUUCGCAUUCCUGAAAUAUUAGAUUGUAACAUUAUCAAUGACAAAGAUGAUAUUCCUCAUGCAUACCAAUAUUGAAAUAAAAUAAAUUUGAAUUCCAUCUGAAUGGAAAAAUACACACACACACACAAGCACACACACACACACACACACACACACACACACAACAUUACUAAAUACUAAACAAUUAUAGGAAUAUAAUGACAGUAUAAAAUUUAU